UUUCAUAGCCUCUCUCUCUCUCUGUCUCUCUGUUUGUUCAUCUGUUUUCGGAAUCGGAGAAUCCUCUCACUGGCAGGCAACUUCGUUAACGCAGUUUCGGCUUGGCAUUGGUAGAAACCCUAGGGCAUCGAUCGGUUGAAUAUUUCUUCGAACCCAUAGUUGACUUCAAUCAUCGGAAUGGGCGGUGCUAAGGGCAGGAAUAGCAGUGGCGAGAGCGAGACAUCCACGAGCGAUUCAGCCGGCGGCGUAGGCUCUACGGUGGCGGCGCAGACUCAGCAGCCNCCGCCUCCUCAGCCGCAGCCAGUGGCGGUUCAAAACGCUAACGCGCCCCCUCCGUUUCUGAGCAAGACGUACGGCAUGGUCGAUGAUCCCGCCACCGAUUCGAUUGUGUCGUGGAGCCGUACCAACAACAGCUUCGUCGUUUGGAAUCCGCCGGAUUUCGCUCGAGAUCUUCUUCCCAAGUACUUCAAGCACAAUAAUUUUUCCAGCUUCGUCAGACAGCUCAAUACCUACGGCUUCAGGAAGGUUGACCCUGAUCUUCGGGAAUUCGCAAACGAAGGUUUCUUAAGGGGUCAAAAACACCUACUAAAAACAAUUACUAGACGAAAACCUGCCCAUGGGCAUGGACAUCAGCAUUCACAUGGACAGAGCUCAUCUGUUGGUGCAUGUGUUGAAGUUGGAAAAUUUGGUCUCGAAGAAGAGGUUGAGAGGCUUAAAAGGGACAAAAAUGUCCUCAUGCAGGCACUCGUUAGAUUAAGACAGCAGCAACAAAGCACUGACAACCAACUUCAAACAAUGAUCCAACGUCUUCAGGGCAUGGAGCAGCGGCAGCAGCAUAUAAUGUCAUUCCUUGCAAAGGCCGUACAGAGCCCUCAUUUUCUUGCUCAGUUUCUACAGCCGCAGCAGCAAAAUGAGAGUAAUAGGCGCAUUAGUGAAGCCAAUAAGAAGCGAAGGUUGAAGAAGGGAGGGAUUACUGAGAACCAGAGUGCUGCUUCUCCUGAUGGUCAGAUUGUGAAAUAUCAACCUCCAAUGCACGAGCAAGCAGAAGCAAUGUUCAGACAGCUAAUGAAGAUGGAACCUUAUAGAAGCAGUGAUGAAUCUUUCCUUCCGGGUAAUGAUACUCCUUCAAUGGGGAUAGAGACGGAGACUUCAUCGAUCCAUGUAUCAGGUGUGACUCUUCAGGAGAUGCCACCAACUUCCUUCCCUCAUCCAUCAGCAACUGUUUCUGAAAUACAUUCAUCAUCACCGAGUGGAACAACUCCCAACAAGGUUACAGUUGCUAAGUUUGCAGACCUCGGUGGGUAUGCACCACCAGAAGAAGCAAACAGGGAGUCUGUUCCUUCCCCUGAUCUGGCUCUGCCUGAUUUUUCUGAAAUGCUACCAGACAGUAGUGUUGACGUUCCUGCAGAUAGUUUCAUGGAGCCAGAUACUGGUUCUUGUGCAUUCGAGGACCUUGAUUCGUUGGUGAAUGGCUCUUUGCCCUUUGACAUUGAUGACAUUCCUCCCGAUGCCGAGAUAGACCCCUUGGUUGAUUACUCUACUCUCGGAAGACUAUCUCGUUCAAGCCCGGUGCCAGAUGAUAUUAUGGAUUCAGCACCGGCAGAUGCAACAACCGAGAAGAAGCAAAAUGGACGGGACAAAGCCAAGCACAUAGGCAAGCUGACUGAACAGAUGGGCCUUCUCUCGCCUGAGAUCAAGAACUUUCCGCCAAGGCAAGAUCCCUGAUCCUUGGAUGUCUCCAAGUCUUUCGAGUUUUCCUCUCGGGGGUCCUCUGUGAAUCCCCUUUGUUACAAGAGAAAGCAACGCGGACCAUUUGUUAAGAAGUCAGAAUCUAGGUCUGGGGGUGGAACAGGAUCAAAUCGAUUUGAGGAGGGGUAAUGCCUGCAGGCCGUAGAAACUUGCCAUGCCAGCAACCCAUCGUGUGGAGAGCCUCUCUCUCCAUUGCCAAGCAGAUUUCUUCCUUCUUUGGUCUCGGAAAUGGCGUAGCCAUGUGAGUGACGAUGAAUCUCGAGAGAUUUGGUAGGAAAAAAGGUACACUUGCUGGUCUAACAGUAUGUAUGUAUGUAUGUAUGUAUGUAUGUAUGUAUGUAUGUAUGUAUGUAUGUAUGUAUGUAUGUAUGUAUGUAUGUAUGUAUGUAUGUAUGUAUGUAUGUAUGUAUGUAUGUAUGUAUGUAUGUAUGUAUAUACAUGUGUGAGUCUGUGGUUACCAACCUUGAUUUUCUCUAAUUUUGUUUUUUGGUCGUAAAUUUUGUGUGGGUCACAUCAUAUUUAGUGCUUUACAAGAAACAUUUCUAAUGAAAUUAUAGAUUUUGUCCCA